GUCGUCGUCGUCGUCAUCUUCUUCUUCUUCGUCUUCGCCUUGCCCAGACCUGCAAAACCUCUCCCGUGUCAUCGCCUGCCGUCGGCAUCCCCCCGCCUGCUGGAUCCCACUGCGCCGUGCACGCGCUGCCCCGGCUGUAUUUGCACUGCACUGCACUGCACUCGGCGGACCGGAGCGGCCUGGAUAGCGGGCUGCCUGCGAUUCUCGUCACUCGUGCGGGCGGCCAGUUGCCGUGGAUGAGCAUCUCGCGCCCGCUGCCCAGGCGCAUCCCACCGACGCAAUGCGCGCAGCCCACGAGAGCUAUGCCACCAUCAACGGCCAUGGCCACGGCGGCCAGGAGAGCACGCCGUGGUACUGGCGCCUCAUCGCCAUGGCGGCGUCGUGGAUGAUCGUGGCAGGCUACCUCGUCCUGCCCGGCCUGUAUGCCAAAGACGCCCAGCUGCGCUUCACCGACACGGUGCUCGCCGUCUUUGUCGUCGCCCUGUUGACGGCCGGCUACUCCUUCACCGUGCUCCUCUGCUUCGCCUGUCGCGACCGGCGCUUCCAGGCCGAGGGCGUCUUCCUGCCCGCCCUCACGUCGUCGGCCCUCGGCCUCGCGUCCAUCGCCUACAACUUCCUCGCGUCGCAUGCAUACCGCUGGGGCACCGCUGCCACCAUGGGCACCGCGCUGAGCGCCGUCGCCACGCUCGUCUACUCGUCGCUCUGCCUCUACACGUACGCCCGCCUACACCAGCCCGCGCCACAGCCCGACGCCCGCGCCAACCUGUGGUCAGAGCAGUCCUACUACAACAACUUCGUCGUCAACAUGUAUCCCACUGCCGUGCGCUCGCCCUCGCAGCCCCUGCCGCCCGCCCACCACCUGCACCUCCACCAGCCCGUCUACACCGACGACGACCGCGUGAGCCAGCAAAUGGCCCUGCUGCUGUCCAAGUCGGACUCGCGCCCCAGCCUAGACGCAAACAGCACCUUUCGCAUCGACCUGCCCGUAGACCCCAACCACGACGAGCAAGACACGGACACGCGGGAGCUCGUCGCCACACCCGGCCACCCGCCCUCAGGCUGGAACCGCGACAGAGCAGACAGCUGCCCGGAUAGCCUGGGCGAACACCAGGCAUGGCAGCGGCUGCACGACCGCGGUCGCACUACCAUUCGGCCCCAGAGCUCCGGCGGCCGAAGCAGCCAAUCGAGAAAUCUCAGCCGUGAAGAGCGGAGACGAGAGAUUGAACUCGGCGAUAUGCAUGUGUGAUUUCCUUUUUCUCUUCUUCUUUUUCUUCUUCUUCUUCUUCUUCUGCUUCUUCUGCCUUUCUUGUUUUCACUCCAUCAUUAAAUCCAACCAGCGUAGGUGUUUCCGGCAUUGGUGUUGACGGUUCAUCGUUUGGAAUGGCUACCCCUUCUCGCAUUUGCCAUGCCUUUUCUGCAUUUAACCGUCUUUUUUUCGGUUAGGGAAACAAACGAGUUUACAGGUUGCAUGGUUGAGUGAUACGCUCCUUAGACGGGUGCAAUUACGUGUAUUUGUAUGG